CGGAAGCUGCCCCCCCCCGUCUCCUUUCUGUGUCAGCAGCUGACGCACGGUCCCCCCCGCGCCCCCGCAUCCCGUCACCAUGGCAACCCAUUGUUACCUCCAACGCAGCGGGGCCGGGGGGGCCCAGCGUAUAUAGGGCCCUGGGCCGGAGCGAAGGCCCCAGCGCUGGGCCGGCCUGGGGAGCCAGGAGCACCCCCUCUUCCUACCCCAGAGCCCGGCUGAGUGGAGCAGGCACCUGCCAGCCGGCCCCCAUGUACGCUGACGCCUCCACCAUGAACUUCCGGACCCCCGGCUUCUUCCGGCGCAGCCCCCCCCCUGCGGCGAAGCCGGCCCCCGGGGCCCCCCCGGCCUCGGCGCUGGGGGGCAUCGCCCAGAUCUCGCCCUGCCUCUACCUGUGCAGCGGCAACGCGGCCGCCAACCGGCAGCUGGUGGCGGCCCGGGCCGUGACCUGCGUGGUGAACGCCACCAUGGAGAUCCCCAACGCCAACUGGCCCGACAUCGAGUACGUCAAGGUGCCGGUGCCCGACCUGCCCCACGCGCCCCUGGGCCUCUACUUCGACUCGGUGGCCGACCGCAUCCACCAGACCGGCAAGCGCAACGGGCGCACCCUGGUGCACUGCGUGGCGGGCGUCAGCCGCUCGGCCUCGCUCUGCAUCGCCUACCUCAUGAAGUACCAUCGCCUCAGCCUGCUGGACGCCCACCAGUGGGUGCGGAGCCGGCGGCCCGUGGUGCGGCCCAACGCCGGCUUCUGGCGCCAGCUCAUCGAGUACGAGCGGCGGCUCUUCGGCAAGACCACGGUGUGCAUGGUGCCCUCGCCGCUCGGCCCCCUGCCCGACGUCUACGAGCCGGAGACCCGCGGCCUGGUGCCGCUCUGGAGCUGCAGAUAGGGGGGCCCCGCCGGACGCCAGGGGGCGCCAGUGACUGUAUUUGCCCCUGGAGGAGGGAUUCGGGGGCAGCUGCCCCACCCUGGGACCCGGGGGGGGCAGAGGUUGUCCCACAAAAGGGCAUUUUCUAACCUCAGAGACUUUGGGGGGGGAGGGGGGUUGGCAGAGUCUGAAACUGUUGGGGGGGGGGAAGAAGAGUCAUUGAGCAUCACCCCGCAUUGUGUGACUCUUUUCUUGGGCGGCCAUUUUUGUAGGGCCUACCACAAACACCCUGCUAACCGCCUUCCAAUUCACUGCCCCCUGGAGAGACGAGAUCUCAGCUGCUACCCCCCAGUGGGGGGCAUAAGUGGGAGGGGGCAAAGCGUGGGGGGGGAUCUGCUCUCAGCCUGUCUUCCGCCAGCCCUGUACAUAGCGCCAGAGCUCCCCUCAAUAAACCCCCUUUCCAUUA